UCCCCAAAAAAUAUCCGCAAUUCAUUUCCGCGUAAAACAAUCCCUAUGAAAAUGUACAACUUCAGAAGCGCAAAAUACAACUACUUAAACUGUUAACUUCCCCUUCGUUUCAGUGUUCAAACGUACCGUCUCCCUAACUCUGUUUUUGUCUAUUUAAGCUCUGCCACUGGCAGCUCAAAUACAGUGUGGGGUUGAGGGUUCAAUCAUUACAUUGGCCUUUUUUUCUCUCUCAGGAAGAUGAGUCUAUCAUCAAUUUUACUGAAACGUUUGCAAUUACCGCGGAGAAUUAUUGCCGCAGUAAAUGUCUAUGGUACGAGAUCUUUUACCACGACGGAAGGCCACCGUCCGACAAUUGUCCACAAACGGAGUCUCGACAUUCUCCACGAUCCAUGGUUCAACAAGGGAACCGCAUUUUCCAUGACGGAACGUGAUCGUCUGGACCUUCGUGGGUUACUGCCUCCAAAUGUUAUGAGUUCUGAACAGCAAAUUGAACGCUUCAUGGCUGACUUGAAGAGGCUUCAACUAAGUGCUAGAGAUGGGCCUUCUGACCCAAAUAAUUUGGCUAAGUGGCGCAUUCUCAACCGGUUGCAUGAUAGAAAUGAGACUAUGUAUUAUAAGGUUCUAAUUGACAAUAUCGAGGAAUAUGCCCCUGUAGUCUAUACCCCUACAGUUGGUCUUGUUUGCCAAAACUAUAGUGGCUUGUUUAGGCGGCCAAGGGGGAUGUAUUUUAGUGUGGAAGAUCGUGGAGAAAUGAUGUCAAUGGUUUAUAAUUGGCCCGCCGAUCAGGUUUGUAGUACUUGUAAAGGUCCUUACUUUUGCUGGUGCUUCAUGGAUAUAAUGUUUUCGAACAUGAGUAGUAGUUAUAAUAUCUUUCGUGUUACCUGCAGAAUAACUUUUUAUGUGAUUCAGGGACUGUUGACGGAGGCUCGCGAUAACAUUGAUCCUGAUGCCCGUCCAUUUGCUAGGAAUGUCAAAGAAAGUGAACGGCAAGGACUGAGGGAAGGGGCUAAGCUUGUGGAAGUGGUGCAGCAAGUAAAGCCUGAUGUGCUUCUUGGUUUAUCAGCUGUUGGAGGCCUGUUCUCUAAAGAGGUGUUAGAAGCUCUAAAAAGUUCAACUUCUACCAGACCAGCAAUUUUUCCGAUGUCAAACCCUACAAAAAAUGCUGAGUGCACCCCUGAGGAAGCAUUUUCCAUAGUUGGUGAUAACAUCAUAUUUGGAAGUGGAAGCCCAUUUGCCAAUGUUGAUCUCGGAAAUGGUCACAUUGGCCACUGCAACCAGGCAAACAACAUGUUCCUUUUUCCUGGGAUUGGGCUUGGGACGCUUCUAUCUGGAUCUAGGAUAGUCUCAGACGGAAUGUUACAGGCAGCAGCCGAAUGCCUAGCUUCGUAUAUGACUGAGGAGGAGGUGCUUAAAGGGAUUAUAUACCCUUCAAUAUCCAGAAUACGUGACAUAACAAAGGAGGUAGCUGCGUCUGUCAUUAAGGAAGCUAUAGAAGAAGACCUGGCAGAAGGGUACCGUGAGAUGGAUGGUCGAGAGUUACGGAAACUUAAUGAGGAGGAAAUCAAGAAUUUUGUGAUGAACAAUAUGUGGAUUCCUGAGUACCCAACAUUGGUUUACAAGAAGGACUGAUGGAACUCUUUUCCUCUCGUGAGUCUUCUUUCUUCUCAUCGUUUUUAUUGCAGAUAUGGUAGCUCAAAUAUUGCCGCCAUCAACAUAAAGGAAACAACCAGGGUAUGGUACUACCACUCACCUGUCGUCUUUUUGGCCUAUACUUGUCCAAUACUGAUCUGUUGAUAAUUAAAUCUUCAAUUAAGGUUUCAAAUUUCAGAUUCAUUGCUUGCUUUGUGAAAGUACGUCUCAGUUUAUUUCCGUGUACAUUGUUUGAAUAUGCAAUGGUGAGGGUUUGAUACUAGGGAAGUUGGUAUCUCGAUGGAAUUAUUUCGUCCCUAGACAUUGUUAACCUUUUUUGAGUCGUGAAAUUUUCUUCUUGGCUUUGUUUCA